UCGAUCAGCAACUGUUCAAGGGUGGAGUCUGGCGUCGUUGUACGCGUUAUGCCUGGCGCUUUUAAGUGAUUUUACUUGUUAAUGGGAGAAAAAAACGUCCAUAAAUUUGGUCAAAUAGUUAGGACGUGACACACCCAUUUAAGCGAAAGUGUCAAGUAACUGAGAUCAGUCAUCACUGGUCACCAUUAGUCAUCACUCGUCAUCACUCAUCAGUGCAGUCGGUUGUAGCCAGGUAAAUAAACAAUGUCGCGUGUAUUCGUUUGCCUUUCUGUGCUUUUCAUCUUUAGCAUCGCCAUUCAAUUCGGCGAAAAUAAUACCACCCAAACCGAAUGUGAUGGAAAUAUUAAAUCUGGUUCCGAUAAAACUCGUAUAUCAGAUUUUGAAGCCAAACGGAAUGAAUUAAAUGUGUUUUUAAAGAAUUGGAACAAAAUCUUUGGGAGAUCCAAUGAUGAAUUGCAACCUAAUGACGACGAACAAGAAAUUGUUAACAAACUCUAUAAUAUGUUUGACGACUUCAUUUGCUUCAUGUCAGGAACAGAGCGGUGUAGCAGCAAUUUUGCGCGUGAUGAGACCGAUUUUGAUUUUUUCGAAGAUACACAAGCUUGUUGCAGAGCGCACCAUAAUUGCCAAAGCAAUCUCUCAGCUGACGAAACGGAGGUCAUUAUUAUCAGUAAUGGUAAUGUCAUAAGGACUGCUUGUGCUUGCGAAAUCCCUUUCCAUAUGUGUUUGAGAGAAGCCUCUGGACCGAUUGCCCGGGUGAUGGGAUUUAUAUACUUCAGUAGAUUGAAACUGCAGUGUUUCCGUUGUAUACACCCAACGGAAGAUUGCGACCCUGACAAAGACCGUACUGAAUGUAAAGGUCACUGCAAGAGAUACCAAUGGAUUAACAGUCCUGAAUUUUUCUUGUAAUAAAUAUUUUUCCAAACUGAAAAUUUUUAAUUUUAAUAUCUUAAGAACUAAUCCUAGGUGUAAGUCUUUUAAGAUCUUUUAAAAAUCUUCAACUCUCUCAUAAUUUUUGACAUAACUUUCUUUAAUCUUUGAUAUUGUUUUACAAUUUUAUUUAGAAUGGAUAUUCAAAAUUUAAAAAAUACACAUAAUAACUUUUAAACUAAGUAGAUAAGAAAAUAACUAAAUGUAUUCUUUUGAGGAGCUAUUAGUGUGCGUAAUGUACUAAAACUUUAUGUUAAUAUAUGUAUUGUAUUUAUACAAUAUAAAUAAAAUAGAUCUUGACUCCAA